AUGGCAGGGCCAACACAGCGGAAGAAGUCUCUGAGGUCUUUCCUGGUCAACCCAGCAAUGAAAGCCAGGGCAAAGGCGGCCACAGAAGCACGGCAAGAGUUCUGCGAUACUGUCGCGCUAUCUGAUGUUCUCCUCGUUUUGAUCAUCGUGGGCUUCUCCAUGCUCGGCAACAUGUUUCCACCCAGAAGGCGGAGCGAGCUGUACAUUGGCGUCGCAGCGUUUCUGGCCAGCUUUGGUGUGUACGUGUGUGUAAAGUCCUACGAGAAUGCCAAGAAGCGUGAAGAAAACGCCAAGGAGAAUUGGGCAGAGCCUCCGAACUCUGCAGGCUCGGUGCCAGAGAAGCCUCCGAAGGCUUACAUAUGGAAGAAGGCGCAAGAAGAGCGCAACAAGUCAGUGAUUAUGGAAUCCCACAUUGACAUGCGACAUCCGGCAAACGCGAGCAUAAGAGUGCCCGAUGUCAUCCAGGCUGCAGGAUUUAACGGAACAAUCGCAACACGUCCAGUUACCCAGCUCCUUCGUGCCACACGCCCAAACGCGGCUGCACUCGCGAUGCAGGGCCCGCAGGGCUUCUGGCUUCGCGAGCAGCGUGCAGCAGCUGCGAGGGGGACAAGGAGCAGGGUCGUUGCGGAGCCUGGCACUGCAGGCUCAGUUGUUCUCACCAGGCUGCAGGGCUCACCUCCUCGGAGCUGUUUCUUUGCGCUCUUCGCUUCGUAG